AGGAGCUUCUGUUCUAUGUGAACUACAAUCAGUUCAAGUCUUCAACCCACCAAAUUUAAAUAUGGCGCACUGUCUUUCCAUUACAAUCAUGCGCAUCUAUCCAAAACAAACAAGCUUCAUCGAUGACUCGAAAAUCAAAGUCUUCCAAUGUUUUCUUCACUCGGUCCCGCCAAUCAACCAGACAGACUUUUCAAAAUAUCUUAUGAACAUUAUAAAUGCUGAUAGCUGGAUCGACCCUCUUCUUUACUCCCUCGCUAUAAAAUUCUGACACUGGUAAUCUUCAGGCUCAUUACUUCAUGGAUAUGACUACGAGCUCUCAUGGCAAGAUAUGGCCACCGCCGCGUGUUUGGUUCUUGAGUCUUAUGUUACUGUUACUACAGAAGGGUGGAGUAACUUUUUCAGCUUCUAAUUAUUUGGUUGGAUUUGGAAGCUAUGACAUAACUGGGCCUGCUGCGGAUGUCAAUAUGAUGGGGUAUGCUAAUCUUGAACAGGUUGCAUCCGGUGUUCACUUCAGGUUGCGAGCUCGGACUUUUAUUGUUGCUGAACCUCAAGGAAACAGGGUGGCAUAUGUUAAUCUUGAUGCUUGUAUGGCGUCACAGAUUGUUACCAUUAAAGUGCUCGAGAGAUUGAAGGCAAGAUAUGGGGAUCUUUAUACGGAGCAGAAUGUUGCAAUAAGUGGUACUCACACUCAUGCUGGGCCUGGAGGCUAUCUCCAAUAUGUUGUAUAUAUUGUAACAUCACUUGGAUUUGUCCCUCAGUCAUUUGAUGCUGUUGUCGAUGGUAUUGAGAAAAGCAUUAUUCAAGCUCAUGAAAAUCUUCGUCCAGGGUCGAUUUUUGUAAAUAAAGGAGAGCUACUAGAUGCUGGUGUAAACCGCAGCCCUAGUGCUUAUCUCAACAAUCCUGCAGCUGAGAGAAGUAAAUAUAAGUAUGAUGUUGAUAAAGAUAUGACCCUUAUAAAGUUUGUAGAUGAUGAAUGGGGGCCAGUUGGCAGCUUUAAUUGGUUUGCAACUCAUGGAACGUCUAUGAGUCGGACAAACUCAUUGAUAAGUGGUGACAACAAAGGAGCUGCCGCACGAUUUAUGGAAGACUGGUUUAAAAAAGAUGGCCUUUUUGAUUAUUAUGCCAACCUAAAUGCUAAUAAAUCUGGAUCUCAGAGAAUCACUCGAAGAGUCUCGGGCAUUGUCCCUAAUAUCAAUGAGAAUCGUAUGGAGCUGAUGGAAAUUGCUGCCUCCUUUAAGUCUUCUCAGGGCCGCCCUGCAACGAGGCUUCUUAGUGUUGCAAAACGUGUGAGGAAUUCUAUGCGGCAAGUAGAUAGACCACAAUUUGUGUCAGCAUUCUGUCAAAGCAAUUGUGGUGAUGUAAGCCCGAAUGUUCUAGGCGCAUUCUGCACAGACACUGGAUUACCUUGUGAUUUCAAUCAUAGUACCUGCAAUGGAAAGAAUGAACUAUGCUAUGGCCGGGGUCCAGGUCACCCAGAUGAAUUUGAGAGUACAAGAAUCAUCGGAGAAAGGCAAUUCAGAAAAGCUGUUGAAUUGUUUAACAAGGCAACUGAGCAGCUGAAAGGAAAGAUACAGUAUAGACAUGCUUAUUUGGACUUCUCAAACCUUGAUGUCUCACUGGGUAGUGAGGUUGUAAAAACAUGUCCUGCUUCUGUGGGAUUUGGUUUUGCCGCAGGAACCACUGACGGUCCUGGAGCUUUUGAUUUCAAGCAAGGGGAUGACAUGGGAAAUCCUUUCUGGAAGUUGGUGAGGAAUGUUCUCAAAACACCAGGCCAGGAACAAAUUAGUUGUCAGCACCCAAAGCCCAUUCUUCUCGACACUGGCGAAAUGAAGGAACCAUAUGACUGGGCACCCUCAAUUCUUCCGAUUCAAAUCUUGCGGAUAGGGCAACUUGUCAUUCUCAACGUUCCGGCUGAGUUUACUACCAUGGCUGGCAGGCGCCUUCGAGAUGCGGUCAAAGUGGUUCUCACUUCUGCAAGAAGUAAAGAAUUUAACAGCAAUGUUCAUAUUGUCAUUUCUGGACUGACAAAUACUUACUCACAGUAUGUCUCCACAUUUGAGGAGUACAAGGUCCAGAGAUAUGAGGGAGCUUCCACCCUUUAUGGUCCACACACACUGGCCGCCUACAUUCAGGAGUUCAAGAAACUAGCUGCAGCACUCGUAACCGGCCAACCUGUUGAACCAGGUCCACAGCCUCCAGAUCUCCUUGACAAGCAAAUCAGUUUACUACCCCCAGUUAUUCUUGAUGCAACCCCUUUCAAUGCAAAUUUUGGAGAUGUUAUAAAUGACAUUCCAUUUAACUCAACCUUCAAAAAAGGCGACGCGGUUUCUGUCAGGUUUCAGUCAGCUUGUCCGAGGAAUGACCUCAUGACAGAGGGUACAUUUGCUCUGGUUGAGAUUCUCCAGAACCAGAAGACAUGGGUACCAGCAUAUGAUGACGACGACUUCUGCCUGCGAUUUAAGUGGUCAAGACCUGCACGACUUAGCCCGCAGAGUUACGCGACUAUAGAAUGGCGAAUCCCGCAAACAGCGGUUUCUGGUGUGUACAGGAUAAGACAUUUUGGUGCUGCAAAGGCACUUUUUGGUUCGAUUAGCCAUUUCACAGGAUCUUCAAGUGCCUUUGUAGUACUGAUAUAGAGAUGAAGACAUUGACUGUGUGAUUUCAUCUUUCAAUUAGCCUCAGCUGUGUGUUGAGUAUGCAAAAAUGAGAUGAUUGUUUGCUUCAGUAUGUUGUGGUUCACAGUCAGAUGUCAUGUAAACACAUACAUAUACUUUACAUUUAAUGAAUCUGAGCACAACUCAUUUAAAUAA